UUUAAUUAAUCUGGAACUCUUGAGAUCCACAGAUAAUUGAAGGUCUUUUAGUAGAAGAAUGAACUUGGAAUUUCAUUUCUUAUCUAUCAUUUUAACAAAAUUGUAGAAGUAGUUUGAAGAUAUCAGACUUCAAGCUAAUUGUUUAACUGACAUUAUUAACAAAGAUCACAACUUUUAUAAAACUUGAUUUAUUGAGAGUUGCUUCUGAAGCCAAUACUCCAUUCUGUAUCCUCUGUCUCUUAUAAGGAAGAGCCCUUCGUUCGGUAGAUUCCUUUUCCUGGUCUGUCAUUGGCUUGUUUGUAUUCAUCUUUUGCUCAAUUUUCCCACAAGAUUGGUAUGAGAUUUAUUGUCAAUCUCUGUUUGAAGAGUGUGAUUUGAGGUUUGUUUUGUGGUUCAAUUUGUUUAUGAACAUCUUUCCAUUCAUGGAUUGGUGAGAGUAAGUGAAUGGGGGACUUUAGGUCUUUUGAUAAUCAUUCCCUAGCUUGGAGAUAAUUGUGGUGGAAAUUGGAAAAAUUUGUGUCUCAAUUGCAAAUUGUUUGGUCCGUAGCAUCUUUAUUCUGAGAACCCUUUCCAACUUCUUGUUUUACUAGGAGGUGAUGGAGUACUUUCCUGUCGAGAUCAUUGGCAACAUAUUGUCCCGGCUUGGAGCUGCAAGAGAUGUUGUAGUUGCAUCUUUAACUUGCCGGAAGUGGCGAGAGGCUCGGAGGAAUCAUCUUGAUACACUUACAUUUAAUUCAAAUGACUGGCCUGUUUAUGAUGAGCUCUCGAGGAGCAGGCUUGAAGUAAUUAUAACUCAGACAAUUUUCCAGACUAAUUCACUGCAAUGUCUUUCAAUAAUCUUGAAAAACGAUGUUCGGUUCUCUGCUGCUCCGGUGAUUGCUUGGCUAAUGUAUACUAGAGAUACCUUGCGCCUGUUGCAUUAUUAUGUGGAUACCCCAAACCUUAAUAUACUUGAAAAAUGUGGUCACCAGAGUCUGGAACUGUUGGAUCUGGCAGAGAAUACUAUUACCGGAUUUGGAUCUAGUUACCAAAGGUUUCCUUGUUUGAGGUCUCUAUCACUGACCCAUGUCCAUAUAUCAACUUUGGACCUGAGUAAUUUGCUCUCUGCCUGUCCCAAAGUUGAGGUCUUAAAUCUUGACGAUAUGGAUUUUGAUACGUCUGGUCCAGAGUUCUCAAUGAGACUGAGUAGUAACUCUUUGAAAGAUAUCCAUAUUGAAGCCAUUCAGUUGAGAGAAAUCAUUUUGGAGGCUGAUAGCCUUAAGAAGCUGCACUUAAAAGAUUGUAACAUUGGGAGUUUUGCACUUCUGAGCAAUGAGACAUUGAGAAUCCUUGAAUUGGAUAAUGUCGAUAUCUUCCCUCUUGAUAUUGGUGACAAUGCUGAAAAUCUUGAGAUUGUGGAGGUCAGUAAUUUCACAACAUUUCGGUCCGAUUUCCAUCAUAUGAUAGUAAGGUUAUCAAAAGUAAGAAGGAUGAGUCUAUGCUUCGUUAUGUUUGAAGAUGACGGCGAUGAGUUUGUGCAUACUGAGGCUACUUCUGCUUGCUUUCCUCACUUAAGUCUUUUAUCCUUGACCGAUGAACUUAGACAGGAACUAAAGUGUGGAUUGCUCGGAUAUCGUCAAUUGGAAAAUCUUGUUGUCUUGGAGCUUGGCUGGAAAAUGAUUAGUGACAGUUUCUCAGAUUGGGUGGUGGAAUUACUGGAAAGGUGCCCUAAUUUGAGGCAGUUAGUCAUUUUGGGCGCUGUCUCGGGUGUCAACACACAUGAAGAAUGUCAUACCUUAGCUAACUUCACAACCUUCAUUAUAAGGCUUAUGAGGAAAUACUUACGUGUAGAUAUUCAGUUUAAAUAUGUAUAGAUUUGAGGAACUGUUGCAUUGGACUUCAAAUUGUCAAAUAUGGAUAGUGCAAUGAGGUAUAUGAUCCUUACUGGUGAUGGUCUUUCUGCUUAUUUGGGUGAUACUUCUUUUACCAGAUAAAUUUGUGCU